AGAUACCCACUGAAACGCCCACCACCUCCAGCAAGCCCGAAGGAACAGAAGUUGAGCUAGUGGCUAGGGGUUUCAGCCGUCUUAGCGGCCGAGGUGUGUUCGGGUCAAGAUGAUGGGUUGACUUUGUCCCGUCCCGUCGGCACGAAACUGUCUACCUCAUUCUACAAACCAUGGUGCCACCGCCGCCAUCCAAAGCUAGAAUCGACUAGACAAGGUGAGCCUAUAAACCAUGUCAGAUAAUCUGACAGAAGGAGGAGGAGGGGAGGGGGCGGGCCUCCCUGCCUCCAUGGCCCCCGCCCCAGCCCAGCACACCAGCCAGCCGCAGACAUGUCACCUGCAGAGGGAACCUCAGCACCUGUCCAUCUUCACACCAAGGCUCUACCAGAUGGAGCUCUUAGAUGCAGCCCUGGAAAAGAACACCAUAGUGUGUCUGGGGACAGGCUCGGGGAAGACAUUUGUGGCCGUCAUGUUGAUCAAAGAGCUCAGCAGCCAGACUAGGGCAGCCCUUAGUGAUGGGGGGAAGAGGACUUUCUUCCUUGUCAACAAUGUUCCCCUGGUGUCCCAGCAAGCUGCCGUCAUCACCACCCACACCAACCUCAGCAUCGGGGAGUACGUUGGUGCCAUGGGUGUGGACCUCUGGACGCGGGACCGCUGGCAGCAGGAGUUUGACACCCAUCACGUGCUGGUCAUGACCGCCCAGAUCUUCCUAGACAUCCUGCAGCACGGCUUCCUACCUCUGUCCAAAGUCAACCUGCUGAUCAUUGAUGAGUGCCACCAUGCUGUUGGCCACCACCCUUACAGGGAGAUCAUGAAGACCUUUGACACAUGCCAGGUGCAGGACUACCCGCGGGUGCUGGGGCUCACCGCCUCCAUCCUCCAGGGGAAGUGUGCACCCGACAGUCUGUUCCAGCGGGUCAGAAACCUAGAGGUCACCCUGCGGAGCUCAGCAGAAACGGCCACAGACCUGGUGGGAGUGGACAGGUAUACUACCCAGCCCAAUGAAGUCGUCAUCGAAUCUGGUCCUGCCCAGAAUGAGCCUGGCCUUAGUCAGGCCCUGCAGACUCUGGUCGAUGAUGCCCUGGCCUUUAUCUCCAGCUGUAAAGUGCGAGUUAGUGUGGAGGAGGGGGAGCGGGACCCCUGCCAGGUGCCGAAGCAGGCGAUACAGGAGUGCAGAGCCAUCCUGGAGGUGCUGGGCACCUGGGCCACCCGCAGGGCUGCCAUCCUCAUCAACCGGGAGCUGGAGAAACUCAUCAAGCAUGAGUGGAGCGAGCAGCACCAGCUGUUCCUGCGCUGGGUGCACACAGUCAUGCACCACGUGCACCUGCUGUGUGACGAGGCAUUCAAAGAUGUGGAGGAUGUCGACGUCCAGUUUGUCACUCCCAAAGUCCGGCGUCUGCUGGAGGUGCUGCGGGAAUGCAAGCCCAACGAAGUGCAAUCAGAUGUUCAGAGUAACGGCCUGGGAGUCCCUGAAGCGCCCAGGAACGGGCCCCGCGGCUACAAGGGGACGAACAAUGCCCGCAAUGGACCUCAGAACUCGAAGAGUGUGAGCAAUAUGAAUAGCAAGAAUCACUAUCACAGUUCCCGUCGACGGGACAACCUCGAUAAUCAGGACCCAAAUACCUCAUUCCAGUUGUGUGGGAUUGUGUUUGUGGAGCGAAGAUACACCGCUGUGGUGCUCAACAAGCUCUUGCAGGAGUUUGCCAAGAGUGACCCUGACCUGGCCUACAUCUCCAGCAGCUGUAUUACCGGCCACGGGCUCAGCUCGCGGGGGAUGCGCAGCCGGGAGACGGAGAUGGCCUUCCGGCGGCAGGAGGAGAUCCUGCGGCGCUUCCGCAUGCACGAGAACAACCUGCUGAUCGGUACCAGCGUGGUGGAGGAGGGCGUGGACGUGCCCAAGUGCAACCUGGUGGUGAGGUUCGACCUGCCCAAGGACUACCGGUCCUACGUCCAGUCGAAGGGCCGAGCGCGGGCGCAGGGGUCGCACUACGUGAUGCUGGUGCAGCAACAUGAGCUGGAUAGCUUCAAGGAAGAUCUGGUGCAGUUUAAAGGAAUAGAGAAGAUCUUGCGGCAGAAGUGGGCAGAGCAUGAGGUUCCUAAGGAGGAGGAGAUCUGGGAGCACCUGUGUGAUGACAUGGUCCCACCCUACAUGCCACGUCAGGUGGACGGUGGUCCCAGGGUCACCAUGACAUCAGCCAUCGGGCUGGUCAACAGAUACUGCUCCAAGCUACCCAGUGAUGUGUUCACCCACCUGACCCCAAAGUCUCGGGUUGACAGCGUAAGUGACGCUGAUGGUAACAAGUACAUGGCAACUCUCUACCUUCCCAUCAACUCUUCCCUUCGUGACCCCAUCCAAGGUCCUGUGAUGCCUACUCGCCGACUGGCUGAGAAGGCUGUGGCUCUGAAGGCCUGUCAGUUACUACACCAGGCUGGGGAGCUGGAUGACAACCUCCUUCCUGUGGGAAAAGAGGUGAUCCACUAUGAGGAGGAGGAGGAGGAGUUUGAGGUGGAGGACAGUGAUGGACACGCCCGACCUGGGACAACCAAGCGCCACCAGGUCUACAAGAAGCAGAUCCCCAAGGCCUUCCAGCAGAGCCUGCCAGUUCCAGCAGCUUCCUGCUACCUCUACAUCAUCGACAUGGUUCUGACAGAGCCCCUGCCCGAAGAGUUGAACAUCCGUGGGCGAAAACUUCACCCUCCAGAGGCCACCACUCGCUGUUUUGGCCUCCUCACCUCCAAACAUGUCCCUCAGAUCCCUUGCUUCCCUGUGUACACCCGAUCUGGUGAGGUGUCCAUCUCCCUCCGGCUCUGUGCCAGCGGGAUCAACGUCAACCAGAACCAGCUGCGCCUCGUCCAGAACUUCCACGGCUAUGUCUUCUCCCACGUGCUGCGACUGGAGAAGAAACCACUCUACUACGUCCCAGCUGACCUGCAGUCUUGGUACUUUGUUGUGCCCUUAAACAAAGGUCUCCUGGCUGACAAUGCUGACCAGCUGUUCAUUGACUUCAAUUUCCUGGAGCAUAUUGACCAAUCACUGGACAAGGAGAAGCCCAAGUACUCACACGACAAUCCGUUCAAGUUCCAAGAAGCUGACUUCAUAGAUGCUGUAGUCACGCCCUCCUACAGGAAUGCAGAUCAACCACAGAGGUUCUACGUUGCUGAGAUAUGCUACACCCUCAACCCACGCAGUGAGUUCCCAUCAGCUGACUAUGCCACAUUUGACGAGUACUACCUGAAGCGUUAUGGGGAGGCCAUUACGAACCUGGACCAGCCGUUGUUAGAUGUGGAUCACACGUCGUCGCGUCUGAACCUGCUGACCCCUCGCCACCUCAACCAGAAGGGGAAGGCUCUGCCAACCAGCAGUGCCGAGACCAGGAAAGCUAAACGGGAAAACUUACAGAGCAAGCAAAUCCUGGUCCCUGAGCUGUGUGAAAUUCACCCUGUCCCGGCAUCUCUGUGGCGGAAAGCCGUCUGUUUGCCCAGUGUGCUGUACAGAGUCACCACCUUGCUGAUUGCAGAGGAACUGCGGGUGCAGAUAGCCCAGGAGGCUGGGAUUGGGCAGGCAGUCCUCCCAGAGGGGUACGCGCACCCACGUUUGGAGUUUCCGCACCUGAAGAAAGUUGAGGAAGUGUUCGAGCCGUGCGAGCCAGCUCCUGCCAGGUCAGAAAAGAGCCGCACAACACUGGAGGACAAGGAGGAGGAGUCCUGGUUUGAGAUUUCUGCGUGGAAUCCCGACGACGUGGAUGAUGAUGAUGAGAUGGAAGACGAAUUUGGGGACAGGUGGGACAUAUCAGAGGAGGAGUGGCGCGCAUUCCAGGACAACGUGAUGCUGUUGGAUACGCCGCUAGUGCCAGCGUUAGACAAGAAAGGACAGGGACAAAAUGGUGCCAAAGUGAAUCACACAAACAGGCUGGACCUGAAUGACCUUGAUCUGUCCAAGGCAAGUCUCCUGGAUGACGACUUUCCCAUCCUCACGGUCCCUGGGGAGAACCUGCCACCAGCUGGCGAUAGACUCUCAAAGGCGAGUAUGAGCAAUGGGCAGAUCUGGCCAGAGGAAGGCAGAAAGGGGGAGCAACCAGUACACAAUGGACAGGUGAAGCCGGACAGAAGCAUCGCCCCAGGCAACAAUGCUACCUCAGGCAAUGGUAUCAGUGGUGAGGGAACUAGUCCCUUGUCCAACAUGCCUGAUCUCAAUAGCGUCCCUGAAUCUACCUCAUUUCUGGAGCCUAUGCUUGACUUGGACCUGGACAGCCACCCUGGUCCCUCCCCCAGCCUCAUUCUUCAAGCUCUCACUCUGUCCAAUGCUGGAGAUUUCUUCAACCUAGAACGACUUGAGACUAUCGGAGAUUCUUUCCUGAAGCACGCUAUCACUACUUUUCUUUACUGCACGUACUCCCGUGUGCAUGAAGGCAAACUGUCCUACAUGCGCAGCCGCCAAGUAUCCAACCUCAACCUGUAUCGCCUUGGCAAGCGUAAGGGGCUGGCCUCGCGCAUGGUUGCCUCCAUCUUUGACCCUGCUGUGAACUGGCUGCCUCCUGGCUUCUGUAUCCAGAAUAACAGGGAGGACAAAGAGGAUGCAGGUUCCAGUAGCAAGGACUCCAGCCUGGACGUGGAGCCAGGGGGAAAUGGCAUGACUACCUCAAAGAAUCCUAUUGCCCAAGUGACUGGCUACGAUGUUACCCCUUUGAAGGCAUCUGUACUGGUGAAUGGAGAUGCUACAAAGCGACUUCUUUCCUAUGACUUGCAUAUGGAGCACUGCAUUGCAGACAAGAGCAUUGCAGACUGUGUGGAGGCACUGCUCGGUUGUUAUCUGACCACAUGUGGGCCUAGAGCAGCACAGCUCUUCCUGUGUUGGCUUGGAGUCAAGGUUUUGCCCAAAACCAACGCUGACCCUACGGAAGAUUUGGACCAGUUUGACUUUGCCGAGCCUGACACUGACCCUUUCGAUGACCUGUCUGGGUUAGAUUCAUCCUACGAGGACUGGGAUCAGAACCCCAGUACUGUAUGUGACCUUGACACCUUCAUGAAGGUCAGCUGUGCAGAGGAGUAUGGCUACAUUGCACCUCCCAAGCCCCCACUGUUUCACCAUGUAGCACAUGCCCAAGACAAGUUAUCCCACAUGCUGUCUGGGUACCAACAGUUUGAAGAAACUGUCCAGUACAACUUCAAUGACAAGGCCUACAUGUUGCAGGCUUUUACCCACCCCUCCUACCACUACAACACCAUCACUGACUGCUACCAGAGACUGGAGUUCCUGGGUGAUGCUGUCCUUGACUACCUCAUCACAAACCACCUCUUCAAGGACCCCCAGCAACACUCUCCAGGAGCACUCACCGACCUCCGCUCUGCUCUAGUCAACAACACCAUCUUCGCCUCUCUGGCCGUGAAGUACGACUAUCACAAGUACCUGAAGUUUGUCUCUCCGGAGCUGUUCAACAUCAUCAGCAACUUUGUGCAGUUUCAGCAGGAGCAGGGGGAGGAGCAGGGCAUGGACUCUCAGCUGAAGACAUAUAUCAAUGAUGAAGGGGAGGAAGAGAGUGAGGACAUCGAGGUGCCCAAGGCUUUAGGAGAUGUGUUUGAGUCUGUGGCAGGGGCAAUAUACCUGGACAGUGGCAUGUCCCUGGAGACAGUCUGGAGGGUGUAUUACAGGAUGAUGAAACCUCUCAUAGACAAGUUCUCUGCCAAGGUGCCCCGCUCCCCUGUACGUGAGCUGCUGGAGAUGGAACCGGAGACAGCCAAGUUCAGUCCAUCUGAGAGAACCUACGAUGGAAAAGUGAGGGUGACAGUCACAGUCAUCGGGAAGGGGCAGUUCAAGGGUGUCGGCCGCAACUACCGCAUCGCCAAGUCAGCCGCAGCACGCAAGGCUUUACGUGCACUCAAAGGAGCCAAGAUCUAAUCGGAUGUGGAUUUUCCUGUGUCCCCCUGUAGAGUACGCUAUUGCAUCUUCACCUGUUACAGUCUAGCAGUAGGCACAAGGCUUCGCUUUUCUUGUGGAGUUGGGGUUGGGUUGAGAGAUGUAAGGCUGGUAGCUUAGCCACACAACAAACAUUUCUGGUACAUGUUCCGGCGAUAUUAACAGAAUGGGGAGUACCAUGCAUCUAAAAAGUGCUUACCUUCAGUGACCUGUACUGUAAAUCAAGCAAAGCCAUGGUGUAGGUGUGCAAGCACAUGUAUGUGUGAAGUUCUGACACAAACAAAUUGUGUUGAAUCUAGGGUGAGUCUGUGAAGUAAGCACUGUAUUGUGUGGUGAUGGCCCAUCAUUUCAUACACCAACUAUUUUGAUGAUGGUUGUACGAGUGAAUAUGAAGACAGCAGCUCCAUUGAAUGUCACACAUUUCCUGCAAUGUUACAGUGACUGGUGUGGAAACAAACUGUAGUGUGAGGUUAUCAUUCAGUAAACACAACAUAGAUGUUACCAAGACUACCUGGGUGGAUGGCUUGUUGAAAACUACCUCUGGAGGCUGGAGGCUUACAGGUAGCACCUUGUGGCUGGUUGGAUCAUAUUUGGGUGGCUGUAGUCACCAUGCAACAAGAGAUUUAUACAAUGGGAUAAUGUUAUCUACAAGACAUGAAAUUGGCAACCUCUGGUGUGAUUGCUGCUACUUUGUCUCAUAUACCUCAUCAUGGUUAAUGGUAUUAACUCUUAAGUUGCAUGGAAAACGUGCACAUCCUCACAGUGUGAAAGUGCCCAGGUUGGGACUAAAAAAGAGAA